AUGUCUGUCGAUACCUCACAUCCGAUAGGUUUCAUUCCUCGACAUCCUGCGCCAUCCCGGUACUUGCGGAUCCGGGCGCAUCACAAGAAAGAGAAGAAGUUUCACCGCGUAUUCCUGGCCCAGACAUUGGAGGGUACAGCCCCAUCGACAAAGGCUGAGCGACGGGCGUCGACCUCAACCAAUAUCAAGAAUGGAGAGACAACGGGGAGAGCUGUUUGGACCGUCGAGUUCUCCAAGGACGGCAGAUAUUUAGCAGCCGCUGGCCAGGAUAGGAAGGUUAGAGUUUGGAAAACCAUCACGACACCCGAAGAACGAGAGGCGGCGAUGCGGAACGAAGCAGCCGCGCCGAAAGAGGAUCAAGAGACUCCGAGCCUAAAGGCUCCCGUGUUCGGACCGAAGCCCGUCCAGGUCUUUGAAGGUCACACGGGUAGUAUUUUGGACUUGAGCUGGAGUAAAAACAACUUCAUUCUUUCCUCUUCCAUGGACAAAACGGUUCGACUAUGGCACGCAAGUCGACCGGAAUGUUUAUGCUGCUUUCAGCACGGUGAUUUUGUAACUUCGAUUCAAUUCCACCCCAAGGAUGAUCGAUUCUUCCUCGCCGGGUCACUCGAUACGAAGCUGCGCUUGUGGAGCAUCCCGGACAAAAGCGUUGCGUACGUGACGACCCUACCCGACAUGAUCACUGCCGUUGGCUUCACGCCGGAUGGCCGAUAUUCGAUGGCUGGGUGUUUGAACGGUCUGCUUAAUAUUUACGAUACCGAGGGUCUCAAAACUUCUGGGCAGAUCCAUGUUCGAUCGGCCCGUGGACGCAAUUCCAAAGGCAACAAGAUCACCGGGAUCGACACAAUGAUGGUCGCGCAGGAUGACCCCAACGGCGAUAUCAAACUGCUGGUCACCACCAACGAUUCUCGUAUUCGACUCUACGACUUCAAGGAACGCACCUUGGAAGCCAAGUUCCGCGGAAAUGAGAACACCUGUAGCCAGAUUAGGGCGACUUUUACCGACGACGGCAAGCAUGUCAUCUGUGGCAGUGAGGAUCGCAAAGCAUACGUAUGGCCAAUCGGCCCCGUUGAAAGAGACGCAGAGAAACGAGCGGUGGAGGUUUUUGAAACGCAGGGAGCCAUUGUGACGGUGGCUAUCACGGCGCCGACGGCGACCAAGCAGGCGUUGGGACUGUCAGAUGAUCCAAUCUAUGAUAUCUGCAACCCGCCGCCCGUCGCUCUCGUGAGUCCAGAUCAGUCCAGAAAGAAAGCAGACUCUGCGCGGGAUACGGUCAGCCUUCACAAGCGAUCCGCAUCGGCACCGCGCAUGUCUAUCGUCAGCAGAAUGGCACAAGAAUCCCCGACAUAUCUGUCUCGCUCGACGCAUCCCGAUGGAAACAUCAUCGUCAUCGCCGACUACUCCGGAAAUAUCAAGAUUUUUCGACAGGAUUGUGCAUAUCAAAAACGGAAGUAUGAGAAUUGGACUGAAAGCUCGAACUUCACGCGGCGGAUUCUUCGACGCUCCAACUCCGGGCGCCGUAGCAUCGCCUCCUCAACCGGGAAGGACUCAGGGUUAAAGACACCGUCCGAACGAAUUAUCUCGUGGCGCAACUCAGUCAUCCGCCAUGGACGCAGUAGUACCGAAGGCUCCCGCGCUGGACUCAAAAGUCGCAGUCCAUCUCCUCAACACAGACCGACCCCAACAGUCCGAGUCUCCUCGUCCCGACCAUCAAGUCUGGGUCCCAAUGAAUCUUUAUCCGCCGUUACAACUUCUCCACCAUCGGCUUCACAUCGGACUCCGGUGGACAACCGCUACUCCGGCGAGAAAUCCAGACAGCAGAAUGACCCUGACCUACCGGUCGAUCACUCAGACCCACGGACGCUGCCUGCAUCGUCAGCUGAUCUUGUAGCCGCCGGAAAGGACAAAGAAAACCCUCUGUGGUUGCAGGGAGAUCAUAGCUAUGUGUACUGGAACAAGAUUACGCACGAUGCUAUGGCGAUGAAAUCGCGCAAGUCGAAUGAUCUCCUCAGCCCCAAUCGCAUCCCGUCCCAUGAUCGCAGACUGAGUACGACUGGUAGUGUGCUCAGCAGUGACUAUGGCUCGUCAACUGGUGGGUCGGGUGAUGACGCUAUCCUCAAGUGCAAUAAUUGCAGUGGAACAAAUUUCCGUGGUGUUAAGGGGCGAGACGGUAAGCAGAAAUUGAUCUGUGCCCAGUGUAAUCAAACGGUUGAGUAG